AUGGCUAAUCUUCACAUACUCUCACCAUUGGCAUUCCCUCCGCCUCACUCUACACUCGUCUCGCUUUCCCAAGAUCUCUUUGCCAUGUUGUCACAAGAAUAUCUAUCUCUUCGUGACUUCAUCCGAUUCAUCCGAACCAUCGUCCUUGCAGAGAUCACCUCCCCUUCGGCAUUUUACGAUCAUGCUUGCUCUAGACUCAUGUCUUACCGUUCAGAUCAGCUUUGGUCUUCAUUAUUUUGUUUUCAGCUGCCAGAAAAAGAACCUUUCUCGCCUCAUCUACCACACACAGAUCAAGUUCAACUUCAAACACGAGCUACACAUGCUUCUACCCAAGAGCUAUGCAAGACUCAAUGUUCCCAACAUGACCCAAUAACAUGGUCCUUCACAAAAUUGUUUCAGAGAACAGCUCUCUGGUUUUCGACAACGCCAAUCCAAGCCUGUCAUGAUGGGCAGAUCGGUACAGGUGGUACACCAAUUCACAAACCUACACUCACAUGUGCUCUCACAAAACAUCCGUCGGCCAGUUCAGUCAGUAGCACAUCCCGUCAAACUUAUGCUCCAAGCCUGCAUGUCUAUGUCCGACCACCAACGCCCCGGCUAUCCCUGUCAACAGAUCUUUCUGAACAUCAGUCCAUUCUCGUUGCUGGCUUAUGGUCACGUGAUCCACAAUCAGUGCAUGAGAAGAGACGAACAAAACUUCGUCUCCUUCUCUGUGCCGCCCUUUUGACCUAUCAAGACUUCUACGCCAGUAUCUCUAAUAUCCUGGACUGCAUCGAUACCCCUGGAUCAAACGAGACUCGGCCUCAGCUUACCAAGCUGGCCCUGAUCAUCUCCGCCAUGGCCCAUGAAAUUCGCAUUUUCACGCAAUUUGUCCUUGACAGCAGCAUCCCCCGCCUUUCCGGCUUCUGGCCACGAGCAUGGAUCAUUCUCCUCAAGCUGGAUAUUCUUAGCGAGUCAAUUCGGGAUGUCAUUGAUCAACUCACCACCGACGGUCGACGUCACUACCAGCACCAGAAGCGUCUACGAUCCUUCCACGCGAACGAUCUCCUCGUUGGCUGUCAACUCUUCUUCUUUGAACGAGAAGUGAACGUCGUAAAGAAAAGCUCAUUCUCAACUCUCAGUCGUCUACGUAGUCUCAAUGUUUUUGCCAUGGACCAGCGUCACCGUCCUUUUCCUCCGGCGACUUCUUCUCAGCCAGCCCGCGUCUAUGACUGGAUUAGAGGUCUUGGUGCUCAAGACUCUGGCUAUCUGUAA